AUGAAGAACAAUCUGCUCUGGUGCGUCAUUGCACUUGCAGUCCUCGUCACAUCCCAUGGGGAGGUAGAAGUGGACGCAGCAUCUAGAGCUGAGGAGGUAGAGGAGAUCGUAGUAUCCAGAGCUGAGGAGGUAGAGGAGAUCGUAGUAUCUAGAGCUUUGAUACUGCGGUCGAUUGGCUGCUCUCUGAGCACAUCUUCAGAGGAGAGCGGGGAACAUCUUUCACUUCAAUUCGCUCUCGAGGGCAUUGGGGAUGUCAGUGAGUGUGAAUCCUACACGAUCACAAUCUACACGCGCACAUUCAAUGAUAGCAGACCAAGGGCUGAUGAGUUUGUCGUGCUCGGAUCAUCUUCAUUGUGCUACGUCUGCAACUCAUCUUCCAGUCAUGGAGUUGAUUGCACCGUUGCAUUACAGGAUCCUCCUCUAGACGCGAUUUCCCUGCGCAUACAAGUCUCGUCGGGAACAGACGACUUAAAACACGUGGAUUUUUCUACACUCGAGAGAACUUCUCUGGAACAACCGAUUCUAGUUUCCGUCUUCGAUCCCUUGACGCAGGAUGUACAGUCGUUGGUGUGUCAGCGUGGUGGACCAACCUCGGAACCCUCGCGAUCUUCCCUCUCCCCACUGUCUGCUCGUAUCAUGGCGGAGGUGGCAAACGACGUCACAGAGAGCGAGCUAGUGGACUUGUGCAGGUCGCUGAUAGGAUCUCAGAGGAGCCAUGUGGUCAUCAAGGGGAACCAGUCAUGUGACAUCAUCUAUCGUGCAGCCGACGAGUGCCGGAGGUGGAGGAGGUUUGAGGUGCUGGAUCGAUCAAGGCUCAGGGAAGUAGCAAGAGGAUGGCAUCCUCGUGACUUCGACGCUCUCCCGCCGUUGCCUGCGAGCAUCUUGGCGAGUAAUGGAGUCUUGAUCUGGAAUCACUUCCAUGAUCUCAACUUUGACGCUAUGACCCCGAUCCAGCCCUCCUCCUGGGUGAGACUUGCCGAUGUCAUGUUGAUAGAGAUCUCGGAGCUGUCCCGAUGCCACGCGCUCGGUAUGAAGUGCGUGUCCGUUCCGAUCCUGGACAGGACGGUUGGGGCAUUGAAGGAGGCGGACAUAGUCUAUGUGCCUUGUAACAUAGUCGACUUGGUCCCGGACCUUGUCCUGCCAUAUUUGCGCAGCCCUGUUAUCUUUUUGUCCCACGUGUUCCCUUUCGAGGGCAUCAGCUCAUGCUCAACCCUUGACCCUGAAGUUGCAAUGAAUGUACUGGAUCAGAAACAAGUCUUCCGCUGGUACGGCAUUGGAUCGCAGGUCAACCAUUGGAAUUUCUUUAACCUGCCUCCAGGAUUGUCUGAAGAUGUUCAGAGACUCGUUCGCUCAUUCUCUGUUCCCCGAGAGAAGCCCUUCCUCUUGUUUGUUCCGGAAGGCCAUCCCUUGUGUGGGAAAGUUCCGUUUGUUCGGGAUGUUGCACAAGAUCAAAGGAUUGUUUGCUCGUCUGACGACGACUUUGAGUCAAUGAGCAAGAGUUCGCUCUGUCUCCUGCCUGCUCAAGUCGACAUCCACCACCACCUUCUCUGGACGGCCCUCUCCUUGAACUGUUACCCGAUAGUGAGAGCCGACCCGGUUGUCAUUGAGUACUCCAUCUUUCUGCCGAUCAUCGUUGAGGAACAAGAAAACUUUGAUCAUCUCAAUCUUACAGCGCUUCAACAGACUCUGGCUGAGAAGAGCGCGAGCCCGUGGGCUUGGGAGCUAAUGGAUGAGAAGAUUUGGGAGCUGCAUCUGCACAACUGGAAGAAGCACCUACGUAGGCUGAAGGGGACAGAAACUUCCAAGGUACACGAGGACGUCAAGACAAGCGAAGACGCAGAGUUUCCGAUGUGUUUCAUUUUUCUCGGUAAGCACAGUCUUCCUGAUUACGUCACCCUGGUGAUUGAACAGGCACGAGAUGUCAUGAAAGUCGGUGACCUGCUCCUGGUAAUCAGCGGAGAAAUCCCCGACAAGUUGCAAGAAUGGAGCAGACGCUGGAAAGUGACCAUCAUCUCUGCUGAGAAGCUUGAAAAGACUGACCAUCACAAGAUGUUCGAAUACUCUUCCCCCUUGGACAGAUCGAUGCGGGGGGGACUGUGGCACCUUGCGGCGGAGAGGCUCUUCGUCCUCGAAGAGGAAAUCUUUACAGCAGAGUGCGAUGCCUUGAUCUAUCACGACUUCAGAAGGCUCUUCCUUCACGUCCAGUCCAACGACAGGAGGGAAGGGGAGGACUACCUCGUCGUCGGCCCCAUGACGCCCCAACACGCGUCCGGCGCCAUCAUGUUUGUCCGGGGCCCGAGCGCAUUGCGGCAGCUCAACCGUUUCCUUGUCGAGGCUCUCAACGAAGACCAGCAGUUCCUUAACAACGACGUUCUGCUCCAGAUGGUCAAUGAGAUGACCCUCCUUGCCGCCUUCUCAGUCGUCCACCCUCACCUCAUACGGUUCCUUCCCAUCCUCCCUGCAGAUUACCUUCCCUUCCUGAAACCCGACCACGACUCGUUCAAUCGUGAAGUGAUCGCACAUCACCGUAUCACCUUCGGCGAGUUGUCUAGGAGGACCGUCAGCUUCCCACAGCCUCCGGGUGGCCCGGCGGGCCCGCACGCUGCCCCCGACAGUCCUUGGGACUUCCUCUUCGACCCCGCCGCUGUCGGCGUCUUCGUCGCAGGGCCGAGAAAGGAUGGGCCCAACAAGAAUGAGUGGAUGGAGCCUGCGGAGACGCUGCAUGGUCACUUCGUCGCCCACCUGCUGCAUCGUGCGCGCCUGCGCGUCUGCUUCAUCUUCUUCUCUCACAUCUCCAGGUGGCUUCCAGUCUUCUACAACGUCACCUCGCACCGAGCCUCCUUCCUCCACAACCUCCACCUUCACAGCAAGGAGGUUCACUUCUUCCUAGCCAAGGGCAACGUGCUCGCAGACCACCUGUACCCUCCUCUUCUUGCUCCAGAUGAAACGGGUCAGUCUCACAGCAGCGAGCUGAACGACUGUGAAGAGGACGGGAAGGAUCCCACAAGGUGCAGCUCCUGCACAGACAUCGAUGUCGAUGUAGCGAGUUGGAAUGGCUGGCGACUAGUCCUGACGUGUCGUGGCGAUGGGCUGACGAUGGCUGCGAAAAAGUUCAGAGAUACUCAUGUCGACCAGGCAGUGCAAAUACAUCGAUUCUGCAUGGACCACGACACUGCAAGCCACGGAGCGGCAGCCAAGAUCACAAGAUCGGCCGCAUGGAUAUCGCAGGAUGGUCUCUUUCUCCUGCUGUGGAGCGAGUGUCCCAUCACGGGUGGAGAUUGCAGUAGUUUCAUGCGCGUGAUCGCGGAUGCCUCCGCCUCCUCCGCCUCCUCCUCCUCCUCCUCCUCCUCCUCUUCCUCCUCCUCCUCCUCCUCCUCUUCAUCCUCCUCUUCAUCCUCCUCCUCCUCCUCCUGCUUCCACCCACAGUUUCUAUCCACUGGGGUUCUGGCAGGAAAGCCAACAGAGAUCGAGAGGGGAAGGUUCUUGCUCCCCCUUCUGUAUCCCCAGCACAGCAACCGGCCCCAAACUCUCUUCUUCUUGCUGGAGGUAGCCCUCUCUCCACUCCUCUCCACUGUCUCUUUCCGCCGCGCAAGCAGCAAAUUUGCGCUCCCGGGAUCCACCCUUGGCCGGGGAGUGCGAGUGCUACUCGAUGCUCCGUUCUCAGAUGGAACAGCAGGAGCAGGGGCUGGCGCUCGAGCAAGAGACCUCUGCACGAAAGAGGAGGGAGCAUGCCAUAAUUCCCGCACUUCGUCACUUGCUGUGCUCGUGCCCAUGGAGUAUGGAAUCAGCCUUACCUCGACUGUGGACGGGGGGAGGAGCUGGAGCCCUCCGUCUCCCCUUUUCCCUCUAGGGCGACAUAAAGCACUGAAGCUGCUUCCAGCCAACGAGCACGGGACGAGAAAGUCACAGUUUGAGUGCAUUCCUGCCUGCCUUCCGAUCUACAGUGUCGCCGCCAUCGGCGGGUUCUCCGAGGACUCCUUCCUGAUCAUCCGAUCGGUGAAGGGGCGCGAGGAGGAGUACAGCAUCGAGCUGUGGAGGAUGGGCGACCGAAGAUUCGACCCUGACUGCCUCCCUCCCUGCUCUCCGUCUCCUCUGAUCCAGCAGAUCCCUCUCUCCUGCAGCUCGGAGCAGCCUGGCCAGUCCGUCGAGCUGGUCGAAACGACAGAGGGAGGAAGCGCACUGACUGUUCAGGCUCUGCACGACUUGUUGUCCUGCGGACCGGGAGACGAGGACGGAGGGAUCAAGGUCACGAUCUCCACAGAAGGAGACUGGAGGCUACAUGAAGCUUCCUUCGCUGCUGAGCUUGAGCAGCGCGACGGGACUCUCACUGCGGUCGUGACCUGGAAUCUUCGCAAGCAGCCACACCAGCCCGGCAUCGACUCGGAGGGUCACGUGAUCAUCAGGACGCUUCGGCACAAGGUAGAUCACCAGAAGACAACGCUCAGCGGCUAG